CAGCCGAGGGUUGUGCAGUUGCUGUAGGGAGAUGCGUCCGGGGUCCUGGGCUAGCCCUGGAGUGGGACUCCGAUCUGUAAGUAUUGGGGUCCCACACCUGCAGGGUUGUGGGGCGCACUUGUUGCGUGCGUUCAGCGGCUUGGGGGGGCGGGGAGCCCGAGAGCCAUGGGGCGGAGCCAGAGAAGGAAAGCGAAGCCGAGAAGCUGCUGGAAGGAAAGGUGAGGCCGGGCUGCGGGGCUGCGGAAAGCGCCGGGCCCAGCUGGGCCAGGAGGAAGCGGCUGACACUCAAGUGGAAGAAUAGCCAGCAUCGCCAUGGCUUCAAUGUCUACUCAUGAAAACCAAGAGAAAGGACACCAUGUACCACCACCACCAAGCAAACAGAGCCUGCUGUUCUGCCCUAAAUCCAAACUGCACAUUCACAGAGCAGAGAUUUCAAAGAUCAUCCGCGAAUGUCAAGAGGAGAGCUUCUGGAAGCGAGCUUUGCCUUUUUCUCUUGUAAGCAUGCUCGUCACCCAAGGACUGGUCCACCAAGGUUAUUUAGCAGCUAAUCCAAGAUUUGGAUCAUUACCUAAAGUUGCACUUGCUGGUAUCCUGGGGUUUGGCCUGGGAAAAGCAUCUUACAUCCGAGUGUGCCAGAAGAAAUUCCAUUUGUUUGAAGACCAGCUUCGUGGAGCUGGUUUUGGUCCCCAGCAUAACAGGCACUGUCUACUUACCUGUGAAGAAUGCAAAAUCAAGCGUGCAUUAAGUGUAGAGCAGCAAGUUCCCAGCCCUUCGGCAUCCUAAACUCCCAUCUAUGACUCUAGAAGUUUCUUUGACCUCUGAAUUUGUAUGCAAUUAAAAUCUCAAGUGUACUUUAA